GUUUUGGUAUUAUUUUAUUUAUAUUAAUAAAGGAUGGAAAUUUUCUUCUCCGCGCAGGCACCCCCCCUUCACACCUUCCAGUCCCUAAGGCAGCCAUGGGACCAAUCUAGGGUUCCCCCAUCUCGAAUCCAAGAUGCUGCUGCUGAGUCUUUGGGGUAUUUAGGGUGUUUUAGGACUUUGGUGUGGAGAUGGAGAAGGUGGAAGAAGCUAACCGAGCUGCUGUGGAGAGCUGCCACAGAGUCCUGAGCCUUCUUUCCCAGUCCCAGGAUCAAGUCCAGUAUAGUAAUCUGGUGGCAGAGGCAGGGGAGGCUGUUUCUAGGUUCAAGAGAGUGGCCUCGAUGCUCAGCAAUGGUGUGGGUCAUGCCAGGGUGAGGAUUGUGAAGAGAGUCCAGCCCCCCUUCAAUCAUAAGGCCUUCCUAGACCACUCUGCGGUAUCUAAGAUGGACCCUUCUCCCAAGCCUCUCCAAUUCCUGCCAAGAAGUCUAUUAGAUACCUCAGCACCAGAGUUGGAUCACAGUGCUAAAAAUCCAGAGCAGGUCACCCAAAUGACCUUUCUUGAGAACGCAGGGCUGGAUUUGGAUUCAUCUUCUUCUAGGAGCACUCUCCAGCUUGCACCGCAGGGUCCUUCAACAGCAGUGCACUUCCAGUUCCUCCGGCAGCAGCAGAGCAACCAAAGGUUUCAGCUCCAGCAGCAGAUUAAGUUCCAGGCUGACAUGUUUAGGAGGAGCAAUAGUGGCAUGAACCUCAAGUUUGACAGCUCAAGCUGCACGCCGACCAUGUCGUCGACGAGGUCCUUCUUGUCAUCGCUGAGCAUGGAUGGGAGUGUGGCCAGCUUGGAUGGAAAGGCAUUCCAUCUGAUUGGCGGGCCGGCAGCAUCCGAUCCAGUGAACGCACCGCCUCCGAAGAGGAGGUGCUCCGGUAGAGGAGAGGAUGGGAGCGGAAAAUGUGCAACCACCGGCAGGUGCCACUGCUCCAAGAGGAGGAAACUGAGAGUCAAGAGAUCCAUUAAGGUUCCUGCAAUCAGUAACAAACUUGCUGACAUCCCGCCUGAUGAGUAUUCAUGGAGGAAGUAUGGGCAGAAACCAAUCAAAGGUUCUCCUCAUCCUAGGGGAUACUACAAAUGCAGCAGCAUGAGGGGCUGCCCUGCAAGGAAGCAUGUUGAGAGGUGCCUGGAAGACCCCUCAAUGCUCAUUGUUACUUACGAAGGCGAGCACAACCAUACCAGGUUGCUAACCCAGUCUGCCCACGCUUAGAGGCAUUAGAGCCUCUCCACCAGCAACCAGCAGAGCUGUUGCUCCAUUUGCAUCCCCAGCCCCUCAUUUAGUGGUGACCUAAUCACUCCUGCAUAUGUUAACUUUCAGUUUUUUUUAAAGAUCGAAGCAGUGGAGCAGUUGCUGAUGUGGGCAAGGUCUCCUGGGUCCUGCGAGCUUUCCAUGGCGAAAAGGGAGCAUACAACAGGAGAAAUGCUACCCGAGUACUGGUUGAAGAAAGCAAACAAAGAACUCUUUUUCUUGGUUUUGGAAUGUGAUCUUGCUCGUUUGGAUGAACUUGGAGUUGUUCAAUUUACAUCUCAUACCAUCUCUUCAAACAUGUUUAGAAGCAGAUGGAUGGAGGAUACUACAUAGCAAACUUUUUUGAGACAACAAUGGGCAUCUUGUAAUCUUUGGAAGGAAAUGGUGGUAUUUUCAUGUUGCUCUAAUCUGUUCUUUGCUUUGCUUUCAUUUCAGUACUUCAUUUCAGCUUUUGUUCUAUGGAUAAUUAGUACUUGGUCAUCCAUGCUCUGGUGGUCCAUGCCUGCAAGCUGUCUCAAACUCUCAAUUAUAAGGUGCUUGCUUCUGGACCAAUGAAGCUUCCAUGAAGUCUCCAUUCGGUGUUGCUUUGUGAGAUGCCAAGUAUUUGAUUAUCAUGGAGCUUCUCAUCACCUCGUGAAGUACGGUGCCUUCCCAUCUGACACUUCUGCAAGCCUUGCUCCUGCUGAGUACUGCUAUUAUUGUCUGCUUGUCCUGACUUGGAAAACUCUUCCAAACCUCAGUAUUUUGGAUGCAUUUGGAAAGCUAAUAGUUCUUUUUUAAA